AUGAAUAAACAGUAUGCGAGUAUUAAAAUGAAUAAUUCAAAUAUCUACCAUCUUCAUAUACUUGAUUUACCCAAUGAAAUAUUAUUCAUCAUUUUCAAUAAACUGAAAACGGUUGAUGCUCUCUAUUCACUUAUGGAUAUUAAUGAACGAUUUGAUCGAUUAGUACUUGAUGCACUUCAUAUUCACAAUCUUGAUACGACAAACAUGACUAUAAAAUCAUAUUAUGAUCGUACCUUUUCAAUAGAUAAUCAUGUUCUUGAUACAAUAUGUGAAAAAAUCUUACCUCAAAUUCAUCAUCAAUUAAAUGAACUUACUGUUGAGCAAAAUUCAAUGGAACGUAUUCUUUUUACCUUUAAUUAUCCUCAACUUUACUCGUUAUCACUUGUUAAUUUUCAAGAAGAAAUACUUUUGCAGUAUUUAACAGGUACACUAAUAGUUAAUUUUAUUCAUAUUAAUUAA